AUGAAAAACGAGAUCGCCAUUGUUGAUAUACUUCUGAGUUGGGAAUGUCACUUCUGGACUGCUUUUUCUUUCUCCAAUGUAUCUACUCUCCCUGUUUCUUAUAUGUGUAUCAUAGUCACUGUUAUCUCCAUUGUCAACCAGAAAAACUUACAACAGUACAAUCCCCAUUUUUAUCUGGCCACCGCGCUCAAUUCUGGAGAAGUACAGCCCAAUAAUCUUGUACUUAUAAUCAAUGCAGUUGGGCUCUGUUUAGUUCUUCUCUACAGUGUUCCUUUUCUGAUAUUUGGUACUCAUAUUCUUAUGAGGAAGAUUAUUCUGUGCUUGGUAAUUGAAGGCACUUUCGCUGGAAUCAUUUCUCUGAUAGCAUUCCUCGCGCUUGACCGUGAGAAUAGAAUCACAUUUGUUGGGGUCGUGUGUUGCAUAUUUUCAUCUAUUAUGUACUGCUCCCCAAUUAUUACAGUGAUGAAUGUUAUAAAAGAUGAGAUUGUUGAAGGCAUGCCUAUUCUUCCCCCUGUGAUUGGCUGCGCAACUGCAGUAGUCUGGCUGAUUUUUUCUGCCCUGGUCCCCAAGAGGGAUUGGUUUAUCUUGCCCCCAAGUUCCAUAUUGUCCACAAAGUUCAAAAUUGUUGGUGGUAUUGUUGUUACCUACAGGUUUCUAGCAUUGUUGGCAUUGCUUCUGGCAUUGGGCAGAUCAUUGUCUAUGCAAUCUAUUACCCAGCCGGAACCAGGAACCGGAACCGGAGCGGGAGCCGGAGAAGGACCUAGAGCCGGAGCUGGAGUUCAAACUGGAGAUGCCCAAGUGUGA